CCUAGGUCAAUUUGUGCAGCAUCGCUUUACUUGUCGAAUUAAUUUCAGCGCUCUAAUAUAUAACCAUAGUUUUUUAUCUGGAUGUUCCUUGAUAACAAAUAACUUGUUUCUCAGGCAAUUUUUUUUCCCCUAUCAGACACUAGGCUGCCUCGCGAGCAGUUGCGAUUCGUUCUCAUGUCAAUUUAGGAGUAACAUGGCUUCCCGCUUAGAGUGGAUCCCAGAUUCCCUGUACAACUCGGCUGUUACUACGCUGGUCAAUAACUACCCGAUCUUUCAGAAGGACUUGCGAUAUCUUCCGGAAAGCAUCGCCUUCGACAUAUUAUAUCAGCUGUACAAGCAGAACAAACUAUGUUUUCUUGGCUUCGAAUUUUACGAUUUGGAUAUCUUCGCAAAGAUUACAAAAGUGAAAGACAAGAGGCACCUCCUGCACCACUGCUUCCAAGCAGUCAUGGACCAUGGCACCCAGACAGCACAUUUGUUAGCCGAGUCUUAUCACCGACGGUGUGCAUCUGCAUCACCGAAUGCUUCGCCACACCACUACUCAUUUGAGUACCUCAUAUCUGUAGGAAUAUCUAUUGGAAAUUUCCUCAGUGAUGCUGGCUGGUUCCGUGAGAGUGAGAAGGUUCUGCUUAGCUGUCUUUCAUUGUGUCGUAAGAUAGAUGACUACAAGCACUGGGUGUCUGCGCUGGAAUGUUGCCUAAGGCUACUGCACGUGCAGCAGUCAUACUGCAAGUUCACAGAGGCCAUGGAUACCUUGGAGGAGACCAAGCAGUACAUUGUCAAGCUCACCAACGUGGGCCACUCGCUCAACCUGGCGGGCCUCUACUCUGAGUUCUCAUCACUCUACUCCAGCCGUAGCCAGUAUAAAGAGGCAUAUGAAUGGGCAAUGCAGGCUCUAAUGCACCUAAAUUCCAAUGCACACCCUAAGUCAAUUAUUGAUGUCCUCCGGCAAGCUUCAAAAGCAUGUGUUGUAAAAAGGGAAUUCAAGCAGGCGGAGCUCCUGAUUAAGCAGGCACUUCACAUGGCCUGGCAACAUUUUGGUCGGGAACACCCAAAAACAGCAGACACCCUUCUUGACUAUGGCUUCUACCUGCUGAACACAGACUCUGUGAGUCAAUCUGUACGAGUCUAUAGGAAAGUCUUGGACAUACGGCAAAGUGUCCAUGGUGGCAACAACCUCCAUGUUGCCCUUGCUCAUGAAGACCUUGCUUACUCAUCCUAUGUUCUUGAAUACCGAUCUGGAAGGUUUCAGAAUGCAAGAGACCAUGCUGAAAAAGCCAUGCAGAUCAUGACCCGCCUGCUUCCUGAAGACCACUUACUCCUGGCUUCUUCAAAAAGAGUGAAAGCACUGAUCCUGGAGGAGAUAGCCAUUGACAACACCGACAAGGAACAAGAGAUGCGGCUGCUGCAGGAAGCGUUGGAUCUACACGUGUCGGCACUGCGCCUCUCAUGCCAGGCCUUUGGGGAGAUGAAUGUUCAGACAGCCAAGCACUAUGGGAACCUUGGUCGUCUCUACCAGUCCAUGCGACGCUUCAAGGAGGCGGAAGAAAUGCAUCUGAAGGCCAUUGACAUCAAGGAGAGACUACUUGGGCCUGAGGAUUACGAGGUGGCCUUGUCAGUCGGUCACCUAGCUUCACUCUACAAUUAUGACAUGAAGCUCUACGAGCAGGCUGAACACCUCUACCUCCGUUCUAUUGCCAUUGGAACAAAACUGUUCGGAGAGGCAUACAGUGGUCUGGAGUAUGACUACCGGGGCCUGCUGAGGGUUUCUAUGGAGAUGAACAAGACCAACCAAGUGCUGCGCUACACUCGGGUGCUAGAGGAGUGGCGGCAGCUGCGGCAACGCAGCCUGCGCGAAGGCCAUGAUGCUUCCCCAUUCACCUUUUGCGUCUGCAAGGUGCCCCCCGAGGACAUCUACACAUAUGUCACCAGCCUGCGGUAGAGUUGCCCACCAAGGCCAGUUCCUGUUCAUAGAAGUAAUCAAGCCCUCAGCAAUGCCUGAAGUGUGUGUUCUGCCAAUCUCAGAGUUGGCCACCUGGCUUUCCUUAGUGUCAGUUCCCUGCCCCCUGGUUUGUCCAUCAGCAUCACACUUCAGUUGCAGGGGCAUACGGAUCCCGCUUUGCCUGGUGUGCAACGUCUUGGAAACUUCCAAAAACUGUGUCCUCUCCUUUUUACCCUAAAUGCGGAGGGAUGUAGUAGUUGGGCUGAGAUAUCGAAGCCAGUGUGGCCAUUUUGCAUGAAAACUGCAGAUGCAUUUCCUUCAGCCCUGUGCACCUACUGUGAUUCAGCUGUAGAACUCAAAUGAAAUUAAAAGUGCACUGCAUACUGAAAGUGUCCGUGGGCACAGAUGUCUGUAAAAUGGCUGUAGCUGUUUAAAUCAUUCAUAGCAGUGAGCAGCCGCAAUCAUACCUUCCUUAUCUGCCUGCACUCACUCUGCCUGGUUUUGAAAAGAUGGUGGGGCAAAUGCACAAAAGGGUUAUCAAUUACAAGCUGAACGGGAGUUGUGACGCCCCCAGCAACAUCACUGGUGUUUUACACUGCUUGUUAGCUUGUGCUGUGCAAUGACUGGUAAAAUUUUAAAACAAUGCCUUUGAAUUUACUUGCAGCAAGAGAUCCAUCUGUGCAUUGAUGCUAGCAGAGUUUGCCCUGCGAUGCUGUAAAUUAGCUGCUGGGAGAUUGUGUGCAAUUCUAUGAACGAGCGAGACGUGAUGUACAAAAACAGACUUGUAACCUGCCAGCCUUCAUAAUGGCAGCUUGCAGUGGCAGAGGUUGUCAUUAGUACUGGCACUUUCCUUAUCAUGUCAUAGCAUUUAGUUGCCUUGUUGAUUAGUAGCAGAAAGUGACAUUUUAUUAUCAACAAUUGUACUGACAAUUCAGGUUGCAAUCCAAGGCUUUCGUUCAUACUACCAGCUCGCGGCUUCCAAUUCUAUAUAAUGGAGUGGGACAAGGCAACAUGAUUUUGAGGGAAACCCGUGUUAGUAGGACUUUGGCAUUAUUUUAUUGUUAAUGCUUUCUUUGCAAAAAAAAAUAAUACGAGUCUGUUUGUAAGCUUCGCAGCACAGUUUAUCUAUGUAAGCAGCCAAUUUCAAGGAAAUAGUGUUAGUGUUGCUUUGCUUCCUCCAAGGUACAUGGUUUGCAGAGGCUUGUCAUCCAUCAAAACAAUGAUAUUUGAAUGAUGUGUGCUUCCUUUAUUAUUAGUGCCCUAUAAAUGUGAAUACUAUGGAAAGACAAGAGCAGUUAGGUUUUUUUAGGCACCAGGCACAGAUGUAAUGAUGCAUGGUGCAGAAGUAAUGCAGCUAUGGUAAUUGAGAGGCCGUGAUGGCGCAAAUAGCGUUUAGCUUCUCGGAAGUGAGUGUACAACCUACCGAAGAGUUGCUAAAUGUAGCAUUGCAACACAAUUUACAGACUUCCCUGAGUUGUCAGCAGAAUCUCCAUAGUACUGUUAAAAUAUCUCAACUAGUGACUCUCUCAUCCACUGCUGUCCUCGAUGCAAAUGUCAUUCAAAUACCAACAUUUGCCAACUUCGUGUAGUGCCGGUCUUAUAGGCAUGUGCAUAUCAUAAUGAAACUACCAAUCCAGAAAUAGGUCAGUGCUCACUGUGUUCCCAUCAUCCCCUUCUGACACCUGAUGAUGAAGCACUCACUGUAUGCUCUCACUGCGAGGGUGGACUUCAUACGCCCCUUGGCUGCGUUAUUCUGAAAUAGUCUGCUGGCAAUGGUGCUUGUAUAAAUGAGUCAAUGUGCAAAGAAGACCACUGUGAAAAAGAAGAAAGGACACACACUGCCAUGCUAACAUCAGCUUUUGUGAAUUGCAUGCAUGUCCCAAUUACUGUUUAAUGUGCCGUCCUGCAUCCCUGAUCACCAUUAUGCAGACCAUGAAAGUCAUCCAAACACUACCAGACUAAGUUGUCGCCCUCGGCUUACCAAGCUUCACGAGUGUUCCCACUUAUAGUUUUCUGCACAUCCCUUGGGCACAGAAAGAACAUGCCCAGUGCAGGCACUAACAGUGUACUACCAAGCCAAACAGCACAGUGUCAAGCAGGACUUGGCAAUCUGUUUUUCUGAGUUCUCCAUACAUUCACUUUUGCACAGGCUCCAGAAUUGCCUGUUCACUGGACACACACCGUAAAACAGAACCUAUAGUUAAAAAUUACUGUUAAAAGAACUCUUCUAAAAAAAGCCUGCUGCUGUUGCAAUGAGUUUAGCAGGAAAUUUGUAUUUCUCUAUGAAAAAGAGUGGCACUUUUUUUUUUCACUGACCAUUCUUUUUUUCACUAGAUUUCUUAGAAAAACUAUGCUAGGCUGAUGUUUAUUGAAUCAGUUUGACUGUAAUCAUCCUUACAUUUUACCAGUUGGCUCAGCAAUAGCUUUUAAUGACCAGAACUCGCAACAUUGCACAAGAGUUCAUCUCAUAACAUAGUUCAGCUUCAUAUUCUGCUUAAGUGUGGACAGUUUAAGCUCAUCUGCACUUGUGUGUCUUUGAGCAUCAAUACAUUUAGCAAAGCAUCAUUGAGCUUGAUUUACGUUCACAUAUUUCACACUGCAGUGUUUUGACUUGCUCACGUGCUCGCAUACAGGUAAUGUCCUAGAUAAAAACCAUAUCUGUUUUAUUUAUUUGGGAACCUACAUUGCCCAGUUUAGCAUUAUUGUAGGGGGGUUGAAACAGUAACAAUAAUGAAAAUGUGGAAACAAACAGAAGUAACUAUAUCAAGGAUAUGAGGCUGAGGUGACAGUGAUGAAACUGGAUGCCAUAAGGAACAUGUAGAAAAGGCAUAUUUUGUUGGAACUGAAGAUGGCUUGCAUUGUGGACUGCAGUUAUUAAUUCCCUUCUCUAAGGAUUGGCUGCUGGUACACCAUCUGUGAAAGGUCUCUUGGUUUUUGACAUAAUGUUAUGCUUGUGACUGUGGCCAACCUUGUCUAUACUAUUCACAUCUGUGUUGCACUAAAUAAGUACCCUUCAGGUAAGGUUAAUGUAGUUAAAACCGUCACUUUGCUUCUUGGUGUGCAUCAACAAUUGUGAGUGUGAUAUAGAAUUUAGUGGAAUUAUGUGCUGUUACAUGUGAGGCAAAGCUGAUGUCUUGAAAGUACCAUGCUUCUUAACACACCUAGGAUCGACUGGUGCAGGCAUUGCUGUAUAAAGUAGAUGUAUUCCUUUCUACUCGUGUACAUAGUGUAUUGCCCCCGAUGCUUAAAUUUUGCAUUUGUGACUGACACUUGAAAUGUCUCAGGUAUGCUUAGGUGGCAAGGAAUGGUAGGUAACUGCUGUGUAAUGUUAUAUGAGCUGAAUUCACAUUGUGUUUCUUGUGCAUUAUUGAAGGCCUGCUGCAAAUGACUGGUAUGAGAAGGGGCUUUUCGUACAUGCGUGCACAUUUUUUUUUUCUACGUGCUUGGCCAGGUUAUAAUGGUACAUGGUGUAGGAUUCACAGCUUAGAGCUUUGGUAUUAAGGAAGAAGUUUAUUUUCUGUGCAAGUUAAUCUUUCAGAGCUGGUUAUAGCAACAUUGUGGUUAAAGUGAAUAAACAGUCUGCUAAGGGCCACCUUACAUAUGUAGUUCAAGGGAGUCAGCAGGACCGAAAUUGCAUGAAAAUGUGCUGAAUGCCAGAUUAAAUUUUGUUAAUUGUGAGCCAUGAAAGAAAGAUGUUUCUGGCUUUUCAAACAUGAUUUUGAAUUACUAUUGUGUCUGGUGCUGUGUUCCCCUCUUUAAUCAGUAGCCCUGGACUGUUCACAUGGACACCUACCAAAAUGUGUUGUGAAUACUCAACAUUGCAGUAUUGAAACAACUCGCUCCCAGUACCAUGCUUAAGUUAGCAGCUUUGUUUUACGAUAUGCAUUAGCAGAUUGUGGUCAACAUUUAGUACAGAUAUGUCAUCCAGUUUGUGAACUAUCAUGCUUGUGGUGCCAUUUUUCUUGCUGCUGUGCUAAGACUCUGGUAAGUUGAUGCUGAGAAGUCUGCAGUAAUGGUUUUUAACUGCCGACAGAUCGAUAAAAACAAUUCAGAUGACUGCAUUUGUUGUACUUGUUAAUCGCUUGCAAAUUGGGCAUGUAACAGUAACAAGAGAGUGCACAGGCAUAGUGUUCAUUAUGUGCAAGUUUGUGUAUUCUCCCAAUUCAUGACUGUGCCUUUAUAUUUUUUUUUAUUUUUGGCUAGGUGUUCUUGCAAUUGCAUGUAUAAAAAUAUGUAAUAAAGCUUAGUAAACAAGUUGUAUAAA